GGUGUUUUUUUUUUUUUUAUUAGUUAAUUCAUUGAACUCGGCUCUCUGACGGGAAUUCGGGCGGUUAUCUGGGGGUUGCGGUUCAAGCACCACUAUUUGUUUUACGUUUAUACGCUAUUCAAACGGGGGAGAAUCGUUGCGAGCUUUUAUUUCACCUUUUAACUUUACUAAGCGGCAUUUUCCGCCUUUUCACCCCCACCUCCUCUCUUGACCGUCCCGCUCGCGCGCCCCCCCCCUCCCCUUGAGUGUGAGUAGGGGCCUGCUACGUUGGUUUGGCCACGAGGCGGAUCGUUAUAUUUUGUACGAACCGAUGGCGGAGUUCGGUAAUGGACUGGCGGAGGAAUCUCUACUCGAUUCCGACCCUGGACACCAAGAGCUGGAAGACCCGGGCGUCGGCGACGAGGAGCCGGGCUUAGAAGAGGGAGAAGCCGCAAUUGAAGACCCUGAGCUGGAGGCUAUCAAAGCCCGGGUGAGAGAGAUGGAGGAAGAGGCAGAGAAACUGAAGGAGCUGCAAAAUGAGGUGGAGAAACAGAUGAAUCUAAGUCCACCACCAGUUGGCCCAGUCAUCAUGUCGUUUGAAGAAAAAAUGGAAGCCGAUGGCAGGUCUAUAUAUGUUGGAAACGUCGAUUAUGGUGCAACUGCAGAGGAGCUUGAGGCACACUUCCAUGGCUGUGGAUCGGUAAAUAGAGUCACCAUCCUGUGUGACAAAUACACAGGGCAUCCCAAAGGGUUUGCAUAUAUCGAGUUUGCAGACAAAGAGUCUGUAAGAACAGCAAUGGCUUUGGAUGAGUCUCUUUUCAGAGGAAGACAGAUAAAGGUUGGUGCGAAGAGAACAAACAGACCUGGCAUCAGCACCACUGACCGUGGCUUUUCCCGGGCUCGAUUCCGAUCAAGGGGAGGAGGAAACUUCUCAUCACGUGCUCGCUACUACAGUGGCUACACACCACCCAGAGGCAGAGGACGGGCCUUCAGGUUUCAGGACCAGUGGAGGCUGACGACCCCUCCCCAGGUGGCGCCGCCGCCCCCCACUGUCUCCGCAGCAUCUCUCUCUCUCUCUGCUCCCGCUAUGCACACGCACCCCAUUCUGUCCGUGUGGGGGGGAGGGGGGCAGGGCGACCACAGGCCAGCCACGGGGGGCAUUUAUUACAACAGCAAACGCUGAUGAUGGUUUUAGUCUUUCACACCUCAAUACACACAAACACAUUCACACGACAGCACACUGCAGUACAGAUGCCACUUAGCAAGCCGCCAGCUCCACACCCAAUUUUUAUAUCUCGUCAACAUAGUUGAGAGGCAGGCAGGUUUUUCAGGAGUGAGGAAGACAAAGCAAGAUGGGAUUUUUUUUGUGUGUAUGUUUGUGUGUGGACGAGGUUGUGUUACACUCGAGCCCCACCCCAUCCUGACGACGCGCAGUGCAGUCACGGCUCGUCGGAGGGAGGCUGGCCAGCUCGUGGCAUUGAUUUAAUUUAACAACUGAAUUGGGCUGUUAUUUUAAGGCGGGGUAAGUUGGGGACAGUGGGAGUUGUGUGCAGACAUUUGUUUUCAUGGGAAGAAAAAAAGAGGGAUGUGGGAGUUAAAAAAAAGUUUUGAUUUUUUUUUUUAACUUUUUUUUUAACCCAUGGUCUGUAAUUACAAAAAAAAUAAAGAUGUGUGAAAAGAAA